GUCAAGCCGGGCCCUUCUCGCAUCCUCCUGGCGUUUAGGGUCUAUAUGGUGCAGCCUCUGCCAAUUCCUUACCAUCUAUCUUGUCUCCUCCCAUUAUCGACACCUGUUUGACACCACUUGUCAAAAAGGACCUUGCUAUCAAUCUUCACCACGAUGCUUGUUGUCCAUGGCCCGUCAAUAAGUACAGAUGGGGCGUCGACGGAGACCAGAUCAACUACCACCAAAGCCACGGACACGUGCAGGAUGUCUGACCUGCAGAGCACGUAAAGUCAAAUGUGAUGAGACUCGACCUCAGUGUCGGCGUUGUCAAAUCGCUAGUCGGCGGUGCGACUUUGGCAUCGAGAUCAAGUGGGAGGAGGACUUCGUCUCGCGAGGGCUGGCUUUUGGAAGAGAAGGCAUAUGGUCCAAAACAGGCACUCUGCCUCGCACACCUCCGGAUCCCGCAGAAUGGUCUACGAUUCCGGAGAUCGAAUCUCAUCACUUCCUCAACUAUUUUACCAAAACGUUCGAGGAGCCGUUGAGACUGGAAUCUCAGACAUCGCCUCUAAAAUUGCAAUCGUCAGCCUACGAGGAUGCCGAGUUACACCGCCUCGCUUCACGCCUGAAUGAGAGUCUCGAGGACGAUAUGAACCUUUCAUCUUCUCGUUUUCAGAAGAAUGCCCUCAUUACUUCUCGCUCCGUUCCUCUCAUACCACACAUGGUGGACGGCGAUCAUUCUAUGCUUCUCGAUUAUUACAUCCAGAAACUCUGCCCGCUCACCACUCCCAGCAAACUAUCCCAGUCGCCUUUUGCUUCCCUGAUCCUUCCUUUUACUCUGAUGAACUCCAGCACUGGAAUUCUGUCAAUUCUUGCGUUGUCGGCAUGCCACAGAGCGAAAAGCGAGCCGGCCUGGAAAGUUCCGGCAAUGAAGUUGAAGUCGCAGGUCUUGCGCGUUCUCCAGGAUCGCUUCAGCAUCGAGGGCGCUGAUAAAGUCGCCUCAAGCUCGGACACCCUGGUGACAAUGGUCAUCCUCUGCCUUUACGAGAUCAUACAAGAUUGCGACUCGAGCUGGGUCAUCCACCUCAAGGGUGCUCACGACAUGGUUCGAUUCCGGAAGGAACUGCAGAAAGUUCCUGGCGCUGACGUCGAGGUGAACGACUUGACUGCAUUUGCCGAGAGAUUUUUCGCGUUCCACGAUGUCAUAGGGCGCACGGCGUGCGGACAGGUGCCAUUAUUUGGGCGAGAUUACUGGAACUUUGGCGAGACUAUCGUUGAUGUCUGGAUGGGAUGUUCUCCCGAACUGGUGGCUCUUCUUUGCACCAUUACUGAGCUUAGCAGAGCUGCCUAUGCCGAUCCUUCCAUUUCCAUCACCGACUCUUUCGUGAACGCCUGUGCCGUCACGAGAUUCAAACUGGAAAGCCUUGAACAGAUCGUGGAGAAUGAUCAGGAUGAAUUUCUGGUCAUCUCCGCGGAAAUAAAGCGACUCGCUGCUCUCCUGUUUUUGAACUGCGCUCUAUACAAUACCCUCCCUACAACACCGCUAGUUGUCAAACUCGUCGAACAAAUCAUGCGUCUGGUUUCCGAUUUCGUAGACCGAGGUUUUGUGACGGGGCUGACGUGGCCUGUCUUUGUCGCAGCGGUCGAGCUGAAUCCCUACAACGACGAGCUUUGGCUCGACGAGGCAACAGGAACGCCAAUACACGGCAGACGACUGGUGUUAAAGGUUUUACAGGCCAUGGAGACAUCGACCGUUUCGAAUAUUGACCGGAUGCGGACUAUAAUCAGUCAAGUAUGGCAAGCACGAGAUUUGGAAGAAGACGCUUUUCCGGAGGCGCCAAACAACCACUGGUCAAGAAACGAUUGGGAAAGGUAUGUGGCCCCGAUCAGUGAAAAUAUCAAUCUAGUUUAAGAAAGGGUAUGAGGACCAUUUCUACAUGGAUCGAAUGAGCCAAUUAAGCAUGAACAGCGAAAGUUCUCAAUUGUCUAUUUAACAUGGUCAUAUGUUCUCUCGAAGAAGGCGAUCUGCUCCUUCGCCCAUUCUGCAAACUGUUGCGGCUCG